CUGGGCUUCGUUGUCACUAUUAUAUGUAGCAUUCGGCUCUGCCAGAGACCCCCGGCGAGGUCCAAGGUUCCGGCGAUUCGGCGAAGGGAAGAACGAGAAUAAGAGGAAGAUCCCCAGCUAGAUAGGUUUUCCGAGCACAAAACCGUCCGGUCUGGUGAAGCCUGUUGAGGAUUCUGGGGCUUCUCUUCUCCUGCUUCGUCGGAGGAACAUUUGGUGGGACUGCUGGUGCGCUUGGUGGGAGUUUUUACGGUAGUCCGAUGUGCAUUGUGGGGAGAGAGUAGUGAUUUGGUUGGUAUUCUCUCUUAAGCCUUCUUGGGGGGAUUUUUCUUUCAUAUUCUUUUUGACUGGUGAAAGGGAGGCGUGGAGUUCUUUAGAGCAUUUUCUUCGAGGUACCCUUUUCCCAGUUUUCGUCUUCUGAAGGGAGUUGAAAUCUCUAGUGCAUUUUGAAUGGGUGCCGUCUUGUCAAUGGAUUAUGAGUAGUGGAUAUGCUAAAGAUUGGUGGCGAAUGUUCGGUUCUGAUUUUCUUUGGAUCUUCGUGCAUGUUGUAUUUCAAUAGAAUGUGGGUAGUGGUGAUGCUGAAAAUUGGUGGUGCAUGUGAAUCGGUUGAAGGAAGAAUGUUUGAAGAAACUGUCUUUUGCUGAGAAAAAAGGGAAAUUUGAUUUUCAACACUAAAAUCCUAAUCUGAUAGGUUGAAGGACUUCUGAUACUGCCUUCCAGGGGUGUGUUAGUUUCUUGAGGUCUGGAUUUCCACAAAGCAGUGACGAGAGUGGUUGGAGAGGCAUCGCCUCAAAGACUACAAUGGAGUUCCUGUACCAUUUUCUUGGGGGUCACAGUUCAACUUUUUCGCUCGUUUCUUCUUGGGACAAUGGCCGGAAAAGUGAGGACAAAGACGGAUUGUAUCUGCGUUUGAUUGGUUUUUGAUUUGUUUCUUUUGUUUGUUGACCUGGAGAUUCCGGAGAGCAGUAAAUGGGGUUUCUUUGUUGGCUUGUUAAGUCUGUUGCUCUUCUCUGGAUUUUAUGUGUGUCCACCAGAGCAGAAGUACAAUAUUCGGCAGUCGAUGCUCGAUAUAUGGAUGCACUUUUCCAGGAUCAUGCUUACAAAGCUCUCGUUCAUCCACUCACGGGCAUUACCUACAAUGCAUCUGUUCCUUCAGUUAUCAAUGGUGUAAAAGUAUCGGUUGUUAGGUUCCGCAGUGGUAGUUUGAAGAGCAGGGGAGCUCAAUUAUUCGAAUUUCAUCUCCCGCCUGGAGUUCGUGUGCAACCCUAUGUUCUGCGGCUUGCUUUGGUUUAUCAGAACCUGGGUAACUUGUCUGCCACUUAUUACCGUGCCCCUGGUUAUAGCUUGAUUUCUCCAGUUCUGGGAAUGCUGGCCUAUAAUGCAUCAAACCUUGCUGCUACUAAUUUAUCAGAAUUGAUGUUCAUGGCUACAAGUGAACCAAUCUCCAUCAAUUUCACAACUGUUAAGGUCCCUGAAGGAGCAAGAGCAAAAUGUGUACGAUUUGACUUGAAUGGCUCGUUAGAGUACAGUAAUCUGUCUGCAUCACAGACAUGCUCAACUUUCAAACAGGGUCAUUUUGCAGUGGUUGCUGAGUUAACCCCUUCGGCCUCUGGCCUUUCAACUAACCCAUCUUCAAAUGUGUGGAAGAUCACAGUUGGUUCUGUAAUUGGUGGGUUUGUGGUAAUGGGUGGUCUAAGUGUAUGUGCAAUAGCAUUGUUGAGAGUGAGGAAGACAUCAAGGCUUGCAGCCAUGGAACGGCGGUCUGACCAAGAAGAAUCACUGCGGGUAUCAGAAAUUGGCAGUACUAGAGCGCCAACAGCGCCACGAACUCGGACAUCUCCUGUUUUAGAGAGUGAAUAUGUUUGAUGAUGUUUAAGACCUGCUCAAAUGAUCCGCCUUCAUUAAGUAGUGGUCGUUGUGGCAACAGUUAUUGGUGUGCUUGGUCUCUUUUCUGUAUGGAGUUGUUUCCUGUCUUUGAGAAUUGAGAUCUUUUCUCCUUCCAAUUUCAUAUUACCAUUCAUUCCUAGUCAAUGCUUCUUCUCUCCCAAUUCCUUGAAUUCCACCAAGGAGUGAUUUGUAACAAUUUGCAAGUCCAGAUCAGCUAAUUGUUCUCCGAUAGCAGUAGCUCUGGUAGAUAUUUCGUUGCCUUAGCUAGUAAAAAGCAGGAUGGUGUAUUUCUGGAUUGGUUUUAUCCAUUUGGUAUCUGAAAAGUUUGUCCCUCAAAUGGAGAUGGAUCAAAAGAAGAAAUUUCGAAGUUCCUUUAUGGAAUGUUGGCUCUGCACAUUGAGGCAUUGCAAGAAUCAAUCCGGUUGAUUUUCUUCUAGAUGAGGAUUUCUUGGAGCUGCAACUGUUUGGUUCUGCAAAAGCAGUGCCCGGAGCGAGGCAACACAUUCAUUUUAGGAAGAGCUGGUGAUGUCCAGUAAUUUCAAUUCUUUUUAACUGUUGUAACUUCCUCUGUUGUGUGGUAACAGUUAUGGCUCCAAAAUUGACAGCUUUUUUAGUGCUUUUUCUUUUUAUUUCUUGUUGUUGGUUGUCCUUCUGGCCAUCUGUCUUUAGAAUAAAUAAAAGUUGAGAUUCGGUGGA